GAAAAAUUUCUUUGAAAAAAAGCUGUGGGGGAGUACAGGUCAAUUUUGGUCAGGAAAAUUUUUGCACUAAAAUAUAUAUGUAUAGAUGCAGUUUUUCAUGCUGAUUCCGAAUAUCAUAUUUAUUUUGAAUUUAUCAUUAGGUCAUACCAAUGCAAACCGCUAAAAAUGUUCAUAUUCUAUUGAAAAAUCACAACAAAACUCUUUUGCAUCAAAGUGAGACGUUUUUUCAAACAUUUUUUUAUCAUUUUGUAGAGAAUAAAAAGUUGCACAAUAUAUAUAAAAUUCAGUCUGGGAACUCUUGAUCCUGAAAUACAACAGGAGAUACACUGUUUUAUUUGCACUGAUCAAAAUGACCACCUUUGACAUAUAUUAGCUUUAUAAAACUAGAAUGAUUAGAGAUCAUAUUAUAUCAAAAUAGCUUAUUUUAUUCAGCUUUUAAUUCUCUAUCUUCCUAUUUAGACCGUGAAAAUUUUCAACAAUCUGUUGAAACAUAAGCUGGUACAUCUUUUAUAGAAUAUUUUUUUCUUUUUUUUCCCCAAAAGGUGCGAUAAUGCUAAAAGUCGGUAUUGACUAACUUUUCAUAGGAAAGGUAUUAGAAGCUAAAAUUUUAGGGUUAGUAGUUUUAGUUAUUGAAGUUUUGAAUGAGCAAAAAAAAUCGAAAAAAAAAAUUUUAUCGAGUGCCUCGUAUAUUGGAGCGAUGCUCGAUCAGCUCAUGGAAGCUCUCUUAAUUACUAUAUUUGAUUUAAAUUAAUAUAAUAGUAAAAGAUUUAUUGAUGUAUAACAUUAUACUAAAACAAAAGAUUUCAUCUUGUAUGUGAAUAAAUAUCAAAUUUUCAGUAAGAUUAAUACGAAAAAUUGAAAAUAGACUACAACAAUUUCUGCCUUAUAUAUUCUAUUAUGUUUUAUGUGUAAGUUAUCUAGUAAAAGUUUCUCAACACUUUCCUAUAUAUUUGUUUAGAUACGACUUACCUUAAUAUGAAUAUUUUAUAAGAAACAUUAUUUGGUAGGGAUAUUCAAUAUAUAAGCGUUGAAAAUAACCCAUUUGACAAUCUAAAAUUAUCUAUGAGUCUUCAUUCUAUAUACUUAAUUUUGUUUUAUUUUACAGAGUAUGUUCGAAUCCAGGAUGUGACAAAACCCUUUUUUUCUAAAUUCUUACUUCUAAAAAGGGAGUUAAGCUCAAUAUCUUGAAAAAUGACGCUUUAAUUAUAAAAUCACUUUUUUAUACAGUGUUUUCUCCGAAGGGGCGAUUUGAAUUUCCGAGGGGGCGAAAAAUUAUUUUCAGAGGGGGGGCAAGCCAUGUAUUCGUAGCACGAUUAUCACAAGUCUCGCCCCCCCCCCCCCCUCCGGGUACCUCCCUGGAUAAAAUAAUGUUUUUAUAUAAUAUUAACAAAAAUUACUUCAAAAAAAAGACUCUAUCAUACCCUAUGUUUGGAAAUACUCGUUUAAACUGUACACAGAGAAAAUAUUUUCAUAAGUGCCUAAUAAAAAAAUCGUGUCAUUGAUGAAAGAUCAGGCUUCAAGUUAUGUUUGUCCUGCAUUUAUCUUAAUUUUCAUUUUAUUUUUUUUGAGAUGAAAAGUUUGUUCGUCUAGAAAAUUAGAAUAUGAAGAUCUCAGAAAAAAUUUUAUGAUAAUAUUCGAAAUUAGCAUAUACCUUUCAACGAAAAGUGAUUAAUCAGUUAAAAAUAUUCUCUCAUCAGAAGAAACUGAUUUAUUUCAUUUUCUAUAAAAUAGUUAUUGUUUCCAAUAAUUUUUUUCUAUAUGAAAAUAUAUAUGAUACGACAAAACACUUCAAGCUCUACAAAAUGAAUUUUUCGUUAUUUAUUUUUUCUUUUUGUUUUCAUUCGAUUUUCAGAAAAUUUUCGUUUUUUUAAUACAUCUUCUCACAAAAUAUAAUUUCUUCACAAUUGCGAAUCGUAUAAGUAAGAAAAAAAAGAAAUUACAAGUGAUUAUUUAAUUUAAAUAUAACUAAAAAAUUUUAAUCGCAUGAAAAAUUUGUAAUUUCUUCAUAUAAUUUUCUUUAGUAUUAUUAGUCCGUCGAAUUAUGAAAUUAAACGUAAUUCAUCCGAACGAAAAGAUAGUAUUAGCGAUGAUAGUCGAAUAAAUAUAAAUAGUAGUAACACAAGAAAAAAAUCUGGUAUUGAUGGUCCAAUAAAAUUAUCAACUUCGAAAAGAGAAAAAAAAGAAACAAUUAUUUGGGGACCAACUGGUGUUGAACCAUGGAGUGCAUCAAUGAUAACUGGUAUCGAUUGGAAAUCAUUAACUAUACCAGCAUCACUUCCGAUAACAGUUGAUGUUGCACCAUCAGCUGAAGAAUUACAACGUGAUUAUACACAUAAUUCAUAUACACUUAUUCAUGCUAUACCACCACAAAAUGAAAUUGAUAAAAAGAAAAAAUCUAUUCAAAAUGGAAAUAUACAUAAUGAAAAAACAACAAUUUGUGAUAAUAUGGAACGUCAAAGAAUAACUUUUGAUGAAUUAAUUGAUCAACGAUUAUCACAAGGUUUUCAAAUGAUUGUUGAAAUUCCUAAUCAUAUUUGUCAAAAUAUGUUUGAAUCAAUACGACGCGCUGGUUAUAAACAAACAGAAUAUAAUCGUUUAUUAAGUAUUGGUAGAAUUUAUCAUACAUUAAGUCUUGUUAUAGAAGAAAAUCAAUCUCAAGAUACUGUUGUUAUUUAUGUUCAACAACAUAAACCACAAAAUGUUUUUCAACCAAAAUCUGUUCAUUAUAAAUAUCGUUUUCAAUGUCCAGAUUCAUCAGAUUAUGAUCCAGCAUGUUAUGAAUUACAACUUGAAAGUUUAGAAUCAUUUUCAUGGAAUUUAGUUGAUAAUGUUGUUGGAAAUCAUGGUACAGGUGAUCAUAAACUGUCAGAUGUAUGUAUAAAUAAAUAUAUAUAUUAA